GAGGAAAAGCCCAUCUUUCUUCUUUUACCGCUACUUUUUUUCUUUUAAUAUUUUCCCACCCAUUUUUCGCGGCUAAUUUUCUGUCUCACACAUUAGUGUGUGUAUGUGCGUGUGAGAGACUGAGGAGGUCAUGAAUUCGAGAGAGAUAACUCUGUUCACCGCCGCAACACUGUUCGGCGCGGUGGCUUCCGCCAUCUCCGUCGGCCUGUUCUUCAACACCAGAAGCUCCAAAUCCCGCCGCUCAUCAAACGGCGUCGUCGGAAAGAAAUUAUCUCCUCGUCAGAGCCCCUUUGAUCCCGCAAAACGGAAAGGAUAUCUAUCUUGGGAUGACUACUUCAUGGCAAUUGCAUUUCUAUCAGCAGAAAGGUCAAAAGAUCCAAAUAGACAGGUUGGUGCUUGCUUAGUGAGUGAAAAGGGUAUAAUACUUGGUAUUGGCUACAACGGGUUCCCACGUGGAUGCUCAGAUGACAAGCUUCCAUGGUCUAAGAAAUCCAAGAAUGAGAAUCCCCUCGAAACAAAGUACCCUUACGUAUGCCAUGCCGAAGUCAAUGCUAUCUUGAACACGAAUCAUGCAUCUGCUGCAGGCCAAAGGCUUUAUGUCACGAUGUUUCCUUGCAACGAGUGUGCGAAGAUAAUUAUUCAGUCAGGUGUUUCGGAGGUUAUCUACUAUGUGGAAAAGCGAUUGGAUAAUUCAGACACCACCUACGCUGCUUCUAACAAACUUCUAUCGAUGGCGGGUGUGAAGGUAAGGAGACUUCAGCCGCAGAUGGAUCAGAUUUUGAUCAAAUUCGACGAGUUUUAAAAAGCUUGUAAAGAUAGCUGCAUGUCUGAAGACCUUCAUGAACAGAAGCAGUUCCCCAGAUUGGAAACAUGUUUUGUUUGCUUGGUGGGAGUCAUGUCGGAACUUCAAACUGUAUGAUGAUUAUUGAGAGUAGUGUACUAAUUAAUUCAUCAUUUUAAAUUUAUUUUGAUGUAUUUGUUGUGGAUAUCUUAUGCUACUUGUAUAUAGUUAAUUAAUUCCAUU